AUGCGGUGGACCAUGUGCGCACGGGAAGUGUGCUUCAAGAGCGAGCUGCUCAGGCAGUUUUUCCUGAACGGCAAAGCGCUGCCCGUCGAGCGUGGCAGCGGUGCCGACCAGCCCGUCAUCGGUGCUUCAGCGCGGCGGCUGGGGGCGGGAGACUGGAUCCACGUCUUCCCGGAGGGCCGCGUGCAGCCGGCGGGUGACGUCGGCGCGUUCCGACAGGUUUGGAGAAACCGCACGCCCGUCCCUUGA